AACCAACCACCCUCGCAAACAUCUCAAUUCAGCUCCCUCCGUGGCAACCAGGUUCCACGACCCCAAUACCUCUGCACCCCUUUUUUCUGCCGUUCCCGAUUUUUCUGUCGCAACAAAGCAAAUAUACGGCCCCAUGGCGCGCACCAAGGACGACGCUAAGGCGGCGAGCAACGACGCAUCUGUAGACAUCACCCACCAAGCCACCGAAGAUGCUGGCGUAAAGAAGACGCCGGGUCGCGGCCGCGGCCGGCCAAAGGGCACAACGUCAAAAUCCCCCACAAAGCCCUACGUGCCCACCGGCAAGCCCCGGGGAAGGCCCAAGGGCAGCUUCAAGAAGGGAGGCGAGGCAAAGGCAAAGACGCCCAAGAAACCAUUGCCGCCAUUGGCGCCGGGCGAGAAGCGUGGACGAGGCAGGCCGCGCAAGUCGGAUGUUGCGCAGAUCCAGGAGGACGAUCAGGCAGCGACGGCAGAGUCCGAGGCCAACGUUGAGGCUGAGGCCGAGGACGACGUUGCCAGUAAUCAGCCAGGCAUCGGUGACGUGACUGGUGAUGCACGCACCGGGGCUAGAUCGGCCCUCACGCCGCAACAGUCUCCCGAAUACGAGGUCGGUCCUUCAUCAUCAUUCUCAUCACCGGCGUGGCUCUCACGUAUCAAGAACAUGAUUGGCUGAUUCUGGUUGCAAUAUUCUUUCUCCCUCGAUACAGGAGGACCAGGUGGACUAUGACAAUGACGAUGAAUGAGGCCUCGGCUGGAGCGCGAGCUGAGUUGGGCUUUUGUAAUUUGGAU